GUAUAGGACUGGAUGGGAGGGAGCAAGAGCCGAGGCAGCCUCAGUACCAAGCAGUGCUCCGCUUCUCCACUACGCGCUGGACAGACAGAGGAGGAGAGGCUGCUCCGCGCUGCGCCGCUGCUUCCUUUGUCGUACAGGGAUAUCUCUCCAACCCACGGUCACCAGACGCAGCGCCAAACGGAUAUUUCACUUCUUUUUUUUCUUUCUUUUUUGUUUUUUGGCACCGCGGCGGGGACUACGGAGCGAGGGGGGAGACAAUGUACCCAGAACACGAGGGCAGCGCGCGGUUCCUGCUGCUGGUUGUGUUGGCAGGACUGCAGAUUGGAGCAGAGGGCACCCCCACCUGCAAACCCGGAUUCUCGCAAGAUGUAUACAACGUAGUGGUGCCUGGUGUGACGAAGGAAGGACAGCCCCUUUUUAACGUGGGUUUCGCCGACUGCGGAAAAGGCCCGGUGAAGUUCGAAAGCAGCAGCCCUUCGGAUUUCCGGAUACAGGAGAGCGGAUUGGUCUACGCUGCGAGGGAUCUGGAGUUGUCCGGAUCUAUUUCGUUGGCGAUUAAGGCGAGCGAUACCGUCACGAACCAGCAAUGGACCGCGGAAGUCAAAGUGUCUACGCGAUCAAAGCAGACACUAGAGGUCCCCGCAGCCACGGCUCAGGAUCUGAAGGAAAUCGUGUUCCCGGCGAGAAACGCAGACAGUCAGCUGAAGCGCAUGAAACGAGACUGGGUCAUCCCCCCGAUCAACGUCCCCGAGAACUCGAGAGGCCCCUUCCCACAGGAGCUCGUCAGGAUCCGCUCCGACCAUGACAAGAACCGCUCCCUCCGCUACAGCGUGACCGGGCCGGGCGCCGACCAGCCCCCCACCGGCAUCUUCAUCAUCGACCCGAUUUCCGGAGAGCUCUCUGUCAACAAACCCCUGGACAGAGAACACAUCCCCAGCUUCCACUUGAGAGCUCACGCGGUGGACCUGAACGGCAACCAAGUGGAAAACCCCAUCGACAUCGUAAUCAAUGUGAUCGACAUGAACGACAACAGGCCCGAGUUCACGCAUCAGCUGUGGAACGGGACCGUACCGGAGGGGUCCAAACCAGGAACAUUUGUAAUGACGGUCACGUCUGUGGACAAAGACGACCCCAAGACGGCCAACGGCAUGCUCCGGUACAAGAUCCUGUCCCAAAACCCCGAAAGCCCCAGCUCCAACAUGUUCACCAUUAACAACAAAACCGGAGGCAUCAUCACCGUGGCAGCCGGCCUGGACCGAGAGAAAGUGUCUGAGUACAUGCUGAUCAUCCAGGCCACUGACAUGGAGGGCAAUCCCAUGUACGGCCUGUCCAACACGGCCACGGCUGUGAUCAGGGUCACCGACAUCAACGACAACCCGCCCGAGUUCACUGCCGAGACGUUCUUCGGCGAGGUGCCUGAAAACCGUGUGAAUGUCAUCGUGGCCAAUCUGACGGUGACUGACAAGGACCAGCCAAACACGCCGGCCUGGAACGCAGUCUACAAAAUCACCGGGGGCGACCCUACCGGCAGCUUCUCUGUGCCCACUGAUCCCACCACUAACGAGGGCCUGGUUACAGUCGUCAAGCCCAUCGACUUCGAAACCAACCGUGCGUUCCUGCUGACCGUAGAGGCCCGGAACGAGGUGCCUCUGGCCAGGGGCAUCCACCCGCCUCGCCAGUCCACCGCCACCGUCUCCAUCCGGGUCAUCGACGUCAACGAGAGCCCCUACUUCCAGCCCGACCCCAAACUCAUUAAACUGGAGGAAGGAAUUCUGCCCGAGACCUCCCUCACCACCUUCGCCGCGCAGGACCCUGACCGCUUCAUGCACCAGAACAUCAGGUACUCCAAGCUCUCAGAUCCUGCCCAGUGGCUGCGGAUUGACCCCAACACCGGGCACAUCGUAACAAUGGCCGUUUUGGACCGAGAAUCUCCUUUUGUGAAGAACAGCUUGUACAACGCUACAUUCCUGGCAACUGACAAUGGUGCUCCUCCGGCCACAGGGACCGGCACGCUGCAGAUCUACCUCCUGGAUAUCAACGACAAUGCCCCCAGAGUGUUCCCUCAGGAGGCGGAGAUCUGUGAAAAACCCGAACCAAACGCCAUCAACAUCACGGCCAUGGACGGAGACCUCAGCCCCAACGCCGGGCCUUUCGCGUUUGAGUUGGCGCACAGACCUUCAGACGUCCGCAGGAACUGGACUAUCACCAGGAUAAGUGGUGACUACGCGCAGUUGAGUUUGAAGAUAGGCUACCUGGAGAGCGGGAUCUACGAGCUGCCCGUUAUAAUAACCGAUUCGGGCAACCUCCCCAUGUCCAAUACCUCCUACCUGCGGAUUAAGGUGUGCCAGUGCGACGUCAACGGAGACUGUACGGACCAGCAGCACAUCAUGGCGGCCGGUUUGGGCACGGGAGCCAUCAUCUCCAUCCUCCUCUGCAUCAUCAUCCUCCUCAUUCUCGUUCUCAUGUUCGUCGUGUGGAUGAAGAGGAGGGAUAAGGAGCGUCAGGCCAAACAGCUGCUCAUCGACCCCGAGGACGACGUCAGGGACAACAUCCUGAAGUACGACGAAGAGGGAGGCGGCGAGGAGGAUCAGGAUUACGACCUGAGCCAACUGCAGCAGCCCGACACGCUGGAACACGACUCCAUCAAACCCGUGGGAAUCCGACGGCUGGAUGAGCGCCCCCUACACCCCGAACCCCAGUACCCCAUGAGGUCGGCCGCCCCUCACCCCGGAGACAUCGGAGACUUCAUCAACGAGGGUCUCAAAGCAGCAGACAACGACCCCACGGCGCCCCCUUACGACUCCCUGCUAGUUUUCGACUACGAGGGCAGCGGUUCGACAGCCGGCUCUCUCAGCUCUCUCAACUCGUCGAGCAGCGGCGGAGAUCAGGAUUACGAUUACCUCAACGACUGGGGCCCGCGGUUCCGGAAAUUGGCGGACAUGUACGGAGGCAGCGACGACUAGCGUGGAGGAACUCUUGCUUACACCACUCCUCUUUGAAUGGAAAAAAGAUGAAGAAUUUUUAAAAACGGUGGAUUGAUUUUUUGUUUUUUCUCUGGAAUGGACAACUUCUGAUGAUAAAUCCCUCAAGAAAGUGACGGGAACUGUGAAAAAAAAAAAAAGAAAAUUCCGAACUUUUCCAAAACUAGGCUUAUUGUUGUAGUCUCUGCAUACAUAGCUUGUUGAAAGCUUAGGCAAAUAGUCCCCCCCUUGGAGUUUUUUCGGGGAGGUAAAGAGAACGAUGGUGGACUGUCGCCGCGAGGAUUGUUGAAUGAACGGUACUGAAUGCGCUCAGUUACACUUGAAUUUCACAGUACAGAAGCACUGGGAUAUAAUGUGCCUUUUUGUACAUUUCUUUGGAGCUAAAAUGGUUAGUUUUAUGUUCAAGGCUUUAACUGUACUUUUAUUUUGGUGACACAACGCUCCGGUUUGUCGAGGAUUAUUUAAACCACGUGAAGGAAAGAACAGCACUGUACAAUACGCUAGACUUGUAGAAGUUUUUCACUAAAAAUAAUUAUGCAGCUGGUUGCAAAUAAAGGGAGUUUUGAUUACUUUUGUAGCAUUUUUUUUCUUUCAUUUUCUUUUUGAAGUGAAAGUGGUAUUUUACAAAAUCUACAAAAAAACUGUUUCGGUCUGCGUACACUUCAUUUGCCUUAGUCAUCCUCUGAAACUUUUAAUUCACUGUAAAAAAGACGUGUAAAUAAUGUUUUUUUUUCCCUUUUCUUUUUGAUGUAGUAUAUGAAGAAGUGCAAAAAGUUCCAAAUCCUGUAAAUGUUUAAUUUGGACUGAAACAUUUCAAGUUUUUUGCAUGUUUUUAUCUUUUCAUGACAACACGUAAGAACUGUUGUUUCCCAAAAUUUAUUUACUAAGUGAAAAAAUAAACAUCUGGGUGACA